CCUUGCUUAACAGUCAGGUAGACGUUUUUCUGAUAGCUGGUCGCAUACCGGUAUUUCCAGAUCGACUGAUACUCGCUCCCCAGUUCCUGUCGAAGACUAAACUGAACACUGAGGUAGAGUUCAGAAAGUCACUAGAAAGAGGUGGUGUUGUGAAUGACUCUUCACCAGCACUGAAAGCGUGCCGUAGGCAAAGAGGAAUCGUUAAUUGAAGCUGUUUGAGAUGAAAUGAGGUGCAAGCAUGGUAGUCUUCUGUUUAUCGUGAUGCUGGCGAGUUUGCUAUCUUUCUCCUGGUACACCAACAACAUCAGGGGAACCGAUACUGGAGAGGUGUAUGUACAUCCACACCUUAUAGCUCUGUACCAGAGACUACAGUCCACCGAGGAGAAGAGUAUGAAGCUGUCUCAUGAGCUGAAGCAGGUGCUGGAUCACCUCAAAUUCCUUGUGCAAGAGCAGAAAAAUGCUUCCAGUAGCAAUCAAGAUGUGUUCAAGCAAAAACAACACAGCAUCACAUCCAUGUCUUUCCAGUCAAAUGCCUACAUUUACCUACCUCACCUGAAGGACAAUGAAAACAGCUUGUUGCCGAAUGUCAUGCUGGGGCACGGGAGGACAGGCGUCCCCCUUGUGCUUGGCAUUCCUACUGUGAAGCGAGAGAAGCAGAGCUACCUCCUGAACACUCUGAGCUCACUUUUAUCUGAGCUGUCUGUAGAGGAGAAGAGUGACUGUGUAAUAAUUGUCUUCAUUGCUGAGGUUGAUGAACAAUAUGUUAACAGUGUAGCAGAGAGUAUAAAGAAAAAUUUUCCCAAUGACGUGGAAUCUGGUCUUCUGGAGGUUGUUUCCCCUUCUCCUUAUUUUUACCCAAAUUUCACUAACCUGAAAGAAACAUUUGGGGACACAAAAGAACGUGUUAAGUGGCGAACAAAACAAAAUCUGGAUUACAGUUUCCUGAUGCUCUAUGCGCAGGACAAAGGAUCUUUAUAUAUACAGUUAGAAGAUGAUAUAGUCGCAAAACCAGGCUAUUCAGAAAUCAUGCAGACAUUUGCUAAUCAACAAAGAAACAAUGAGUGGUUGAUUUUAGAAUUUUCACAACUUGGGUUUAUUGGUAAAAUGUUCAGAACAUCAGACCUUCCUCUAAUAGUGGAAUUUAUUUUGAUGUUUCACAAAGACAAACCUAUUGAUUGGUUGCUGGAUCACAUCUUGUGGGUAAAGGCCUGUAAUCCAGAAAAGGAUGCACUACACUGCAAUAGGCAGAAAGAUAGCUUGAGAAUUCGGUACAAACCGUCAUUGUUUCAGCAUGUUGGACUUCAUUCUUCACUACGUGGAAAAAUUCAGAACUUGAAGGAUAAGGAUUUUGGAAAGCAUACCUUGUUCAUUGGACACCCCAACCCACCAGCAAACAUUAACACCAGUUUGUCAGCCUAUCAGAGCCACACUCUAGUCAGAGCGUACCAAGGAGUGGACUUCUUCUGGGGUCUGACGCCUGUUUCCGGUGACUACAUCAAAAUCGAGUUCCAUCAGCCUUUAACAUUGAAGGGGUACCGCUUUAAAAGUGGAAACAUAGAGACCAAUGGAGACAAGUUUUACAACACAACGGUGGAAGUGCUACCAGCUGAUGCUUCAGUUGGGUACAAAAUGCAAAAAGGAGAGAUGUCUAAAUAUGAACAAACCAAAGAUGGCUUUUUUAGGAUAGGUGCCUUUGUGAAUGGAAUAGCUGAAGGAGAGAUUGACCCUGAAUUUAACAAAAUUUCUGCCAUUCGGUUGUUCAUCCAUAGUGACUCAGAUGUCUGGGUACUUCUCAGUGAGAUAUGUAUUAAAGUUUAACAAUGAAAGGUGUGUGAACUGCUGGGGAACAAGCUAAGGAUUCUUUAACGGUACCAGAAUUCUGGAGCACCAGCAGCUGGUUUAAGGGCAACACCUAGUGGACGAAACGGGCAAAAGAGACUUCCAUCUGCAGCUACAUCGGCAAGAGAAGCUUGGUGUCUAAAUGGGGAACAGCCACUGUUUCAACUUCACAAAAGCAGUGUUUAAAGGAAAUUAAAAGUAACUACCUAGAUAUGACACA